AUGGCCCUCUGCAGGUUCUUUGCCCAGGGUCACUGCAAGUUCGGCGACCAAUGCAAGUUCGAACACCCUGGAGGCCAAAGCCGGGGCAACCAGUCUCGCGGCUAUCAGCAGAACCAGAACCAGAAUCGCUUCGCCGCCUUCAACAACGCCAAUGCUGGCGGCGGCAAUAGAGGCAACGGCCGAACUGGUGGGAGGGUAGAGUACAAAUACCACCUGGACCCCGAAAUUAUCAAGGUCGACUUGUCAAACGAUCGCCCGAUAUGGCCUUUCUCUUCCUAUGGUCCUGGAAGGCUUGCGCCACGUCAGUUAAUUGAAGGCCCCAUUUUGGACCAAAGCCCUGAAGAGAUACGACUGCAGUUUUAUCUGGCUAUGGCAUCCGGAAAUGUCCAACAAGCUCAAGCCGCUGAGGGGCAACUUUUGAACCAAACAAACCAGCAAAUUCAGAAUAUCUUACGGGAUCUGAACGGAGCUUGCAAAUACGUUCAAGAUGGCGAGAAUGUUCAUCCCCACCGCGAGGAUAUAUGUGCUCAAUCUGUUGGAGUACCGGGAGGAUACCAACCGCAACAACAGCAACAACAGCAGCCACCGCAAAACGUUUUGGGAUCGACAGGCGGCUCAAGUUUUGGUCAACCUUCAGCAUUCGGUGCACCAGCGCAACCGGCACAAGGCGGUGCUUUUGGUCAACCAAGUGCAAUGGGCGCUGCAGCGGGACAGCAAAGCGCGUUUGGGAGACCGUCUGCAUUCGGAGCCUCUGCAGGCCCGCAAAGUGCGUUUGGUGCGCCAUCUGCUCUUGGCGGUAAUGCAGCCUUUGGAAAGCCCGCUUUUGGAGCACCUAACAGUUUUGGGCAACCCGCAAGCGCAGCACCAGCUUUUGGACAGCCUUCUCAACCGAGUGCAUUCGGGCAGCCGGCAGCAAACGCCUUUGGCGCACGUCCGACUGGUGCUUUUGGGCAGCCUAGUAAUCCGGGUGCAACUAGCGCUUUUGGACAGCCUAGCAAUCCUGGUGCAACUGGCGCUUUUGGACAACCUAGUAGUAGUGGUGCAGCGGGGGCCUUUGGACAGCCCAGUGGCGUGGGAAAUACUGGUGCUUUUGGACAACCCGCACAAUCAGCCUUCGGACAACCAGCAGGUUCGGGCUUUAACGCACCGCAACCUGGCGGAUUUGGGCAACCCAGUAAUCAACAACCUGGAAACGGUGCAUUUGGACAGCCUGCAGCCCAGUCUGCAUUCGGUGCACCCGCUGCAAAUACUCAACCGGCACAAUCAAAUCCAUUCGGCAAUCCUGCUCAGCCGGCGGUGUCCAACGCAUUUGGUGCUCCAGCCGCUGCCCCGCCCGCGAAUCCCUUUGGACAACCAGCAAGCAAUGGCUUUGGCGCACCUCAAACCAAUGGCAUCAGCGCUGCAGCCAGCGGUGGCUUCGGCGGCGGGGACUAUAUCCAGAAACUGCCCAAUGGCAGCCUUGCCAGAUUCAAGGGUAAACCAGUCAACUACGACGAUGGGAUUCCCUUGGUCCAUGGCGACGACGGAAAACCAGCGAGGGUAUUUUUCCCUGAUGGCGCGCCGCAGGAGAACCCGUACAACCAAGCCCUGCCAGGAGCGUACGGGCCCGUAUUGGAAGAGGCAUACAAGUUCCUGCAACAGCAAGGGACGUUCAAGGAUGGGAUCAUGCCCGAGGAGCCGCCAAAGCACGAGUGGGUAGCGUGGGAUGUUUGA